AUGCCUACAAGUUUGCUGAAUUUUUCACAACUUCAAACUUUGUCUUUAUCAUAUAAUGAGUUUGAUGGACCAAUACAUAGUGAAAUUGGAAGAUUGAGUAACUUGCAGUUCUUGUAUCUUGGAUUUAACCAUUUCAAAGGUAUGUUUUUAUCUUAUGAAUACUAGCACAAUAAUAUGUACAUCCUUCUUAAGACUUUGAUCAAUAACAAUAUAAAUGAAGGAAAAAGAAGUAUAGAGCUCGAUCAUAAUUUUCUAAGUUCUUGUCAAUACCUUAUCCCAUUACCAAUUACAAUUCAAGAUUCUUCUUCAUCAAGUCAAACUAAAGAAGCAAUCAUAUAGAUAAGCACUGAGCUAACUAGUUCAUCUCACUUGUAUUCUUACUUCAUUUGUUGAUAGGUGAAAUACCCAAAAAGAUAAGCAAUCUCGUUGAGUUGGAGAAACUUGAUCUUCUGGUUAAUAGUUUUAGUGGUUCGCUUGAUAUGGAGAUCUUCAACAUAUCAGGGCUAAGAAUAAUUGAUCUUUCACUCAACAAUCUAUCGGGAAGCCUCCCACCAAACAUAGAUUCUGUCUUACCCAAUAUUGAAGAGCUUUAUCUGGCCAACUUAACCAAUCUUGUUGGGACUAUAGCCCAUUCCAUCUCCAAUUGUUCAAAACUUACCAUCCUAGAGCUUUCUGUCAACCAACUCACUGGCUUGAUUCCCAAUUCUCUUGGAUAUUUGACUCAUCUACAGUUACUAAAUUUAGCGGUAAACAAUUUAACCAGUGACUCAUCAUUAAGCUUCCUGACUUCCUUAACCUAUAGAAGAAAUUUAACAGAUCUUGAUAUAUCUUUCAACCCUCUAAAUGGCAUGCUUCCAGCCUCCAUAGGGAACCUUUCCACAUCUCUUAUAAGAUUUUACGCCAACAGUUGCAAGGUCAAAGGGCGAACUCCAAAUGAUUUUUGGAACUUAAGCAGCUUGUUAGACCUUGAUCUUUCUGAGAACAGCUUGGCUGGAUCGAUUCCCACAACAAUUGGCAACUUGAGAAACAUUCAGCGUCUCAGCUUUAGUAACAACGAACUUAUAGGAUUUAGUAGAGAUCAUAUAUGUAAAUUGCAGCAUUUGGGUGCUAUUUACUUGGGUCAGAAUCAACUUUCAGGAUCCCUUCCUAAUUGUUUAGGGAACAUUACUUCGCUUAGAGAGAUACAUCUCGGUUCCAAUGAAUUGAGUUCCAAUAUUCCAUCAAGCUUAUGGAAUAUUGAGGAUAUGAUGGUUCUUGAAUUAUCGUCAAACAAUAUGGUUGGUUCAUUACCUCCAGAAAUUAGGAAUCUAAAGGCUACGAUACUGAUAGACCUGUCAAUGAAUCAAUUCUCAAAUGGAAUUCCUAUAGAAAUUGGAGGCUUGCAAAAUCUGGCAAACCUUUCUUUGAGACACAAAAAGUUACAAGGAGCUAUACCUGACUCAAUGAGCAACAUGAUAGGUUUGGAAUUCCUAGACCUUUCUCACAAUAAUAUAUCUGGAAUCAUUCCUAAGUCUAUGGAGAAACUUCAAAACUUGAAGUAUUUCAAUGUUUCUAUCAACAAAUUGUAUGGGGAAAUACCCUCGGGGGGUCCUUUCAAGAACCUCUCGAGUCAGUUUUUCAUCUACAAUGAAGCAUUGUGUGGUUCUUCAAGAUUUAGUGCCCCGCCAUGCCCCAUAUUAUCAAUGAACAAAUCAAAUAGGAAAAGCUUGCUAGUUCUAUUUCUUUUGCUAGGACUUGCAAUUUUGUUUGUUCCUAUCAUAUUUGUCUUUUUAUGGAUAAGGUAUAGAAGAGGUAAAAGAGCUCCUCAACAAGCAGAUUCAUUGUCUACCAUAACAAGAGAAAGAAUUUCAUACUAUGAAUUGCUCCAAGCAACUGAUGCACUUAGCCAGAGUAAUUUGAUUGGUUCUGGGAGUUUUGGCUCUAUUUACAAAGGCGUUCUCAGAAGUGCAACUGCCAUUGCAGUUAAAGUGUUUAAUCUACAACUGGAUGCAGCAUUCAAGAGUUUUGAUACGGAAUGUGAAGUUUUGCGUAGCCUUUGCCAUAGGAAUCUCAUAAAAGUCAUUACUAGAUGUUCCAACCUUGAUUUUAAGGCUUUAGUUCUCGAGUAUAUGCCUAAUGGAAGUAUUGAGAAGUAUUUGUAUUCGCACAACUACUUCGUAGACAUUAGGCAGAGGCUAAGCAUAAUGAUAGAUGUGGCAUGCGCAUUGGAAUAUUUUCACCAUGGGUGCUCCUUCCAUGUGAUCCACUGUGAUCUAAAGCCUAGUAAUGACUUGCUGGACGAGGAUAUGGUUGCCCACCUAAGCGACUUUGGCAUUUCAAACCUGCUUGGUGAAGAUAAGAGUGAUUUAUACACAAAAACAUUAGCAACAUUGGGUUAUAUUGUGCCAGGUUUUCAAAGAUGACGAAGGAAAAGAGAGCUCGGUUUUUUAUGGGUUUUGAGGAUAUCUCUGUUGUUCGCUUUGACAACUACCUUUUUCACAUCAGUUGGAGAACCCAUAGAAAAAACACUGGGUAUUGGGGUUCUUUCAAGAGAUUUUGUCAUUUAGUGUCUGUCUCAGGUAGGGCUUAUCGCCUUCAGAAUUUUUCACACAAAAUGUUCAAAAGAUUAUGUUGAGAUCAAUGCCCAGGUAUAUGCAUGCUCAAUAAAAAACUCUAGCUGAUUUACAUCUGUGUCUACUCCCAAAUUUUCUGUACAAUUGCACCUCAGUUCAUCAAUGUGUACAUUCAUUUGAGCACUAAGUUAUUGCAUAGCUAUGAUGGUCUAGUUUAUAUUUUAAAUUAGAGCCAUUUGUACUUCAGAUUUGUUGUGUGUGCUCACUCGUACAACAACAACAUACCUAAUUAAAUCCCACAAGUGGGGUCUAGGGAGGGUUGUGUGUGCACUUGUAAUAUAGCUAGAUAGUUUAUAAUCUUGAUGAAUUUACAUAUGCAAAAUCACAACUAUGUUGUUGACCCUUAGUCUCUUUUAGAGAGCAUAGAGGUGACUCAUGUAAAUUUCAAUGACGGAUGUUGUGCUGGUCUGGCCUCAUUUAAAAUGAAGUUGAUGUCACUUUAAUACCACCCUAAAGCAUCUCAAGGGCCUCGUGAUUCAGAUACUUGUAAACAUAUCCUAACUUGAUUUGUUUCACUGCUCCUAUUUAGCUGUAAUCUUUAAGUGAAUAUUGAUGUCUAUUGUGAGUAUUUUACAAAAAUGAUAAGUACAAUCUUGAGAAUAAUAAUAUCACAUGGCCAAUAACUUCUACAAAAAGAAAGUUUUUCAAGAAUUACUUUAUGUUGAUUAAAUAAUAAUCAAGGAUUCUGCUGUCUAAGUCAAUUAUCAUCAAACGAAUUUGUAGAAUUCAAAAGUAUUUUUUUAUUGAUAUUGUGUUCAUGAUAGCUAUUCGAGUUUUGUCUUGCUUUUUGACGGGAUAUGACUUGGUGGUAGUAUAGAGCACCGUGUCUAUCGUAAUUUUAUCUUAUUCAUGUAGUUUCUCAUUUGUUGUGUACUAUGUUUAGGUCGUCAUAGUAUGUUUCUUCCAACAGGUUGUCAUGGUUUCUUUACUGCUAUUUUUCCUUUCCAUUACUACGUUGAUUUUCUUCACUUAAACCAAGUGUCUUUUAAAAUAGCCUCCCUACCUCCACGAGGUAGGGGUAAGAUCGGUAUACACGCUACUCUCGAAGACCCCACUUACUUGGAUUUCACUAUAUUGUUGUUGUGUUCCGAAUAGCGCUCUCAUAUUUCAGUUUCCAUUGGAACUUUUCAGACAAAAAGUCAAAAUUUAUAAACUAAAAAUUACUUGAAGUUGAAUCAAAAACUAAUUGCAUCCUUUCUUUAUCUAGGAGUGUUUGGAGAAUUUAUACGACUCAUGAUGAAAAACAAGGUGAAGGUAUAAGACAAAAUUGCGCAGAGCCAUCCCUUGUUGAUUUUCAUCGAUUAUCAGUUGGUGUUAGUAAUUUGUGAAACCGAGGCCUUAUUUGUAGUGCAACCGAGGUUCUGCAGCCAUGUUUGAUACAUUAUCUCCUCUGCCCUGAUUAUUCGUUUUACAUGCUGUCCUUUUCCACUGAUAGGAAAUCAAAUUAAUGCCGUUUGCCAAUUAUGAUGUAGCUGCUUGAUGGAAAUUGUACUUUUGUUGGUGUUAUGCAGAUAACUUUUGUUCAUAUUGCUCCAAUGUGGUUAACUGGUAUAGUCACUGUCGCAAAUAUGCUAAAAUUGUAUUUUUCAUCUAUGCUCUUGUUGCUUUGAGCUUUAAAAAUAUUCUGUAGUACUUUUCUUUUGGUGCACCUAUGUAGUUUCUGUUUGUAUAGACUAUGGAGUAUUGGGUGUCUUUUUGAGUGAAGCUCAAAAAUACCCUCUAUAUAUAGCUUCAUGAAUCGAUACUCUUGGGUCCUAAGUACACUUAAACUGCCUCAAAGAAGCAAUCUUUACAUAUAUACAGAUGAAUGUUGAAGGUGAUACGUGUUAAAAUUUUUGUUUUCCCUGCUAUUCUGAAAGUUGUUACUGGUCUUCCGAACUCGAAUCUUAGAAAAUAGAUUCAUGGGGCUAUUAUUAAAUUUAGCUAUGAUACGACAUCAGUCACCGUGGUGAAUUCUAUUAGCCAUUUACUUGGGGGGUGUGGUGGGAGUAUUCAUGAUGUUUAUAAAGUGUUUGAUAGGAUUAGUCAGAGAGAUCAAGUUUCUUGGAAUUCUUUGAUAAAUGCUCUUUGUAAAUUUGAGGAGUGGGAGUUGGCAUUGGAGGCUUUUGGGUUGAUGGGGUUAGAUGGGUUCAAGGCUAGUUCGUUUAUGUUAGUGAGUAUAGCACGCACUUGUAGUAAUGCCCAGGAAUGAUGGGUUGAGACCAUCAAAAGUAGCUGUUAGUAUAAAAAGUAGUUUAUCAUAUUAGUAAUGGAAGUUGAAGAAAAAUCUUCUAACUUAAAAGGUGUAGGCAACCACGUUGGUAAUGAUUAAUUGGUUGCUUGUCCGCCAUAUCAGGAUUUGCAUAUGAGGCAUUGCUGUACAUACAUAUCAGGAUUUGCGAAAAACAUAAAAGUGAAGCACCUGAAAAUUAAAGUCAUGUGGGUUUACCUGCAAUACACACAUAUACAUCUUUUAGAAAGCUUUAUGGGACUUUUUAUAUUAUGUGUUUAGUAGGUUCUCAUUUUUUUGCAGUAUCUUUUCAACAUUUUCUCUGAAGUCUAUAAUUUACUCUUCUUCACUUUUAA